CGAGCCGAGGUGUCUCCCGCGCCCGCGCCUGUGUCGCCGCCGUGCCCGCGAGCGGGAGCUGGAGCCGGAGUCGCCGCCACCCGAGCGCAGCCGAGCGCACGCCGAGCCCGUCCGCCGCCGCCGCCAUGGCCACCACGGUGACCUGCACCCGCUUCACCGACGAGUACCAGCUCUACGAGGAUAUUGGCAAGGGGGCUUUCUCUGUGGUCAGACGCUGUGUCAAGCUCUGCACUGGACAUGAGUACGCAGCCAAGAUCAUCAACACCAAGAAGCUGUCAGCCAGAGAUCACCAGAAGCUGGAGAGAGAGGCUCGGAUCUGUCGCUUGCUGAAGCAUUCCAACAUCGUGCGUCUUCAUGACAGCAUCUCCGAGGAGGGGUUCCACUACCUGGUCUUCGAUCUCAAACAACUCAGUGGAGGCACAAAUCCUGACCUGAGGUUCUGGACCAGGAGAUGGCCCUGGCCAAGGAGUCCCAGGUGCCCAUCAGACCAAAGUACAAGCUGCCUGGGGUGGACCUGGCCCUGGCCCAGGGUCACUGGUGGGGAGCUCUUUGAAGACAUUGUGGCCAGAGAAUACUAUAGUGAGGCUGAUGCCAGUCACUGCAUCCAGCAGAUCCUGGAGGCUGUUCUUCACUGUCACCAAAUGGGGGUCGUCCACAGAGACCUCAAGCCGGAGAACCUUCUCCUGGCCAGCAAGUGCAAAGGAGCCGCGGUGAAGCUGGCGGACUUCGGCCUUGCUAUCGAGGUGCAAGGGGACCAGCAGGCGUGGUUUGGGUUUGCGGGCACACCAGGCUAUCUGUCCCCUGAGGUCCUGCGGAAGGAGGCGUAUGGCAAGCCCGUGGACAUCUGGGCAUGUGGGGUGAUCCUGUACAUCCUGCUGGUGGGCUACCCACCCUUCUGGGACGAGGACCAGCACAAGCUCUACCAGCAGAUCAAGGCUGGGGCCUAUGACUUUCCAUCCCCCGAGUGGGACACUGUCACCCCAGAAGCCAAAAACCUUAUCAACCAGAUGUUGACCAUCAACCCUGCGAAGCGCAUCACAGCCCACGAGGCCCUGAAGCACCCAUGGGUCUGUCAACGCUCCACUGUGGCUUCUAUGAUGCACAGACAGGAGACUGUGGAGUGUCUGAAGAAGUUUAAUGCCAGGAGAAAGCUCAAGGGAGCCAUCCUCACCACCAUGCUGGCCACACGGAAUUUCUCAGUGGGCAGACAGACCACCGCUCCGGCCACAAUGUCCACCGCGGCCUCCGGCACCACCAUGGGGCUGGUGGAACAAGCCAAGAGUUUGCUCAACAAGAAAGCAGAUGGAGUCAAGCCCCAGACAAACAGCACCAAAAACAGUUCGGCCAUCACCAGCCCCAAAGGAUCGCUUCCUCCUGCUGCCCUGGAGCCUCAAACCACCGUUAUCCAUAACCCAGUGGACGGGAUUAAGGAGUCUUCCGACAGCACUAACACAACCAUAGAGGAUGAAGAUGCCAAAGUCCCCAGGGUCCCUGAUGUCCUGAGCUUGGUGAGGAGGGGCUCAGGAGCCCCUGAAGCCGAAGGGCCUCUGCCCUGCCCAUCUCCAGCUCCCAUUAGCCCCUUGCCAGCCCCGUCCCCCAGGAUCUCUGACAUCCUGAACUCGGUGAGAAGGGGCUCAGGAACCCCAGAAGCCGAGGGCCCUCUAUCAGUGGGGCCCCCGCCCUGCCUGUCUUCGGGUCUCCUAGGCCCCCUGUCUGCCCCGUCCCCCAGGAUCACUGACAUUCUCAACUCAGUGAGGAGGGGCUCAGGGACUCCAGAAGCCGAGGGCCCCCUGCCAGUGGGACCCCCACCCUGCCCAUCUCCGACUCUCCCCGGCCCCCUGAGCACCCCAUCCCGGAAGCAGGAGAUCAUCAAGACCACAGAGCAACUUAUUGAGGCUGUCAACAACGGUGACUUCGAGGCCUAUGCGAAAAUCUGUGACCCAGGACUGACCUCUUUUGAGCCCGAAGCCCUGGGCAACCUGGUUGAAGGAAUGGACUUCCACAGAUUCUACUUUGAGAACCUGCUGGCUAAGAACAGCAAGCCCAUCCACACGACCAUCCUAAACCCACACGUGCACGUCAUCGGUGAGGACGCAGCCUGCAUUGCCUACAUCCGCCUCACACAGUACAUCGAUGGGCAGGGCCGGCCCCGUACCAGCCAGUCCGAAGAGACACGUGUGUGGCACCGCCGUGAUGGCAAGUGGCAGAACGUACACUUCCACUGCUCGGGUGCACCCGUGGCCCCACUGCAGUGAGAGCUGCGCCUGGUUUCGCCGGACAGAGUUGGUGUUUGGAGCCCAGCCGCCCUCGGGCGCACGGCCUGCCUGUCGCAUGUUUGUGUCUGCCUCGUUCCCUCCCCCGGUGCCUGUGUCUGCAGAAAAACAAGACCAGAUGUGAUUUGUUUUAAAAAAAUAAGAUGACGACAAUGACAACACACACACACACACACACACACACACACACACACAAA